AUGCCACCUAAACGCAAAGCUCCUGCAAGCGAUGCUGCCUUGUAUCCCAGAAAAGUAAAGAUACAAAAGAAGAAACAAGCCACAGCUCAACAAAAAGCAGAGUUGGAUAAACGUACCAAAUGGUUCCAACAGUAUGCAGACAAAGACGAUGCCGACAUUAUACCACCUGAUGGCUGUCAAAAACUCUUUGAGGAUCUGGGCGUUUCUCUCGAAAGUGCCAUUCCUAUCAUUGUCGGCUGGAAGAUGGGGGGAACUACGAUGGGAUAUAUCACAAAGGAACAGUGGAUCAAAACAAUGGAAUCGACUGGCUCUACAACGCCAGCAGAUUUCAAAAAAACGUUACAGGAGUGGGAAUUGCAGGUAUCUCAGGACCCUCUUCAAUUCAAGCAGUUAUACCUGUUCACUUUCAAUUAUGUCAAAUCAGCAAGUCAAAAGAGUAUGGAAGUAGAGAUGGCAAUUGCUCUUUGGCAUAUCUUGCUGGAACACACAUACCCCAUCAUCACAUCCUUCACACAAUUCAUUCAAGAAAAGAAACCUGUCAAAGUGGUCAACAAGGACCAAUGGUCAAGUUUACUCGACUUCUGCAUAGCAGUUCCUGAAGAUCUUGCAAAUUACGAUAGCUCCUCCUCAUGGCCUGUUCUUUUUGAUGAUUAUGUAGAAUGGAGACAGCAACAACGAAUGUAA